AUGCCGAACCUACCUUCCAGCUCCUUCGCCUCGGAGGCUCCCUCCACCUCCUCAGGGCGAAGAGGCUCAGAACAGCUACCCUAUGCUCAGAUAGCGAUCAACAGCGCAGACGCUCCGCGUAGAGCGUCCUUAGGCAAUGCCAUGUCGGUAGGCAGCGCCAACGACAUGCUCAGAGCCGCUUCUGCUAUGGCCGCUCAGGCUAGCUCAGGUGCGGAAGGUCUGCAAGCUGUCAGCUCUGCUCUCCUCAACCAGGCCAAAGCCCAGGCAUCCGCAACCGCCCAAAUAUUACAUGCUAGUACCACUGCCGGCGCAAGCGAUCCCCAGUCCACUCCCAUGGCCCGCAACUGGUCCGACUCGGCGGGCUACUCAGCAGCAAUGAGCAGACACAUUGCCUCCACUAUCGAAACUCAGAUGACCAAGCCGCAGUCUUCCUCCCGACGACCACAGACCGCCGCGUCCCGCAGUACUGCUAUCGAUACAGAGACUGCAUCCCCAGACUCGACCGAUCCCGAAGCUCAGAUGGGUCGCAUCGCUGCACAAGCUGCGGCUCGAGAGGCUCAGACCCAAUGGCGAACUCAAUUGGCAUUACGCCGUUCAUCAGUGCAGACAGAAUUAACAGCAACCACAGGCGAGCCCUCCGCGUCCUCACAUGCACCUGCAGCGUCAGCUCCUGCCAACGCUGGAAGAGCUUCGCAAUCCGGUCCACGUCCAGGCUCCGUCAGCACAGCGCCCGACACCAAUGCACGAUCAAGAGCGGCCGCAGACACGUCGGAUAUGUCUAUCACCGAAUACCUUCGCUUCCUUGGCCUCAAUCACAUCGAAAUGCCCUCUGAAGGGGUCGAGCAAUCUUUUGGUCGCGAAGCUAGCUCUUCGUCUCGAUACUGGGAUGCGACAAAUCCCCACAUGGGCUUCAGUCUCUCGGGCGUGCCCAGUAUGCCUUUAAUGCCCAACCCACCAUUGCAGAUGCUACCACCUCCCGUCUCGCCUUCUUUCCGCAGGAAACAAUCCCGUGGUCGCUCUUGGCUUGGACAUGCUUCCAAUGCCUCGGUCAGCUCUACCGAUUCAAUCGAUACCAGCAAAGACUUUGAACCGAACGUCAUGUCGCCCUUUCCAUAUCCAUUUCAGGUGGUCCAGACCCCAGGAGGCACGGCAAGAGCAGGCUGGUGGGUGCCCGUCUCCGAGGUGGCGCCGGAUAAGAGAGCCAAAGCAGUCAAGAUCGGCGAAGAUCUACCAGCAUCCUCGACCUUUGCCCUCAAUCAGGCGUCCUCGCUCGAGGAUGCACCAGAGAGUACCUCGAUUCCGGCACACGCCGAUCAUGACGACGCCGAAGCUCAGCUAUUGUUCCAGCCGACAUAUCGGGACUUCACUCAAGACGAAUACUCGACCCUCGCCACCGCUGCGGCCUAUGCGACCGCAGCACUCACCAGCAUAGCAUCAACACCGGGCGGCGAGUCACAGCCAAGCUCGCUGAGAUCGCUGACGGCAUCGGAGCAGGAAGCAAUCGCCAAUCAGCUGAGGGCAUGGGCAGGUCUGGAAGGCCCAAACGCCCAGGCGGAAGCUCGAAGGGCGCUCGAAGAACGCCAAACACAUCUCUUCAAUCAAGCAUUCCAUCACGACCUGCCAGACGAUCGCGAUCGUCGCGGGCCAGAGUCUGGUGUAGAUGAUCAGUAUGGCCAGCUGCAUCGACCUGAGGAAGCAACUCGCUUCUUUCCUCCUGACUUUGCGAGCCACUACCGCACGCAGCUCCAAGCGCUUGCCGAAGGUUACUACGCUCGCCUGCACAAUGAGAAUCUGGCGCAAGCACAUUUCGCACAGCCUCCCGCCAAGAAAGCCCACAUCGGCGAGCAUCGCGCAAAUGACGACGCCACUGGCAAAAGAGAUGAACACAAGACACCCACACCGAGGACACCGCAUCUGGAUAUGGUUGGCAUCGAGGGUCUCAGCGAUAUCGAGCCUCCGGUACGCACUCCGACUCUGCGUCCAGGCGCACGAGAUCCAGUCGAGCUGUUGAACGCUGCCUCGACUGCUGCCGGCCACGAUGUCUCCUCUCCCGAAGUGCGAGACCAAUUGCUUCAGUACGCCCAUGGACUCUACACACAGGGGCCUCCGCAGCCAGAUGCCUCUGCCAAAGGCACCGACAAGCUGCAUCCCACCCUCUUGCCGCUCCUGCACACCCUGCAUAAGCUUCACCCUACGCAUCUUCCGGUUUUGCUGCUGCUCUCGUGUGCCUACUAUGCCGCCGACAAUUUUGCAGGCUCACUUUGGUACAAUCGGCUUAUCCUGCGCAUCGACCCCAACUACGUCGAGAGCAUGAGCAACAUUGGAACCACCUUACGGGCAUUGGGUCGAUACCGAGAGGCAGAGAGCUGGUGGUGGAGAGCCAUUCGACUUCGUCCCGGCUACUGGGAUGCGUACGAGAACCUUUUGGGCGUGAUGUGCUCCACGCAUCCUCCGCCAGCGCAAAGUCAAGCCGGCUCCCAGUCGAGCUCGAAUGAGUCGCCGCCUGCGCAACCACGUUUCGAGGAAGCACUGCAUCUGUGCGAGCACGUCGAGUCUCACGUCGUAGGCGAACAGAACACGCCAGGAGUCUCUUUGCCCCUCUGCCUUCCGCCGAAUCUACCCUUGACACAGACACCUCGACUCCAAAAUUUGUUCUACGCCAAGGGCAACCUCAAGUUCGUCCUGCCGGAAUCAGGCGCAGUACCAGCUGCGGCAGAGUACCAGAAGGCUGUCGAGGUCGUGCUGUCUCGCGAUGCAGCAAAUUGCUACAGUCUACGCGAUCUAGUGGUUGCGACGUGUGCCGUGGGACUGCUAUCGAUGGGCGCUAUGCUUCCCGGCACUGCUGCAGCAGCUGCUGCUCUCGAGAUAGCAGUGGCUUUGGGCAUCAAUUCGACGAAUCCAGAACAUGCUGCCAUUUUGGCCAGCGGUGCCUUCAACCGCUUCUGUCCUGGAGGCAUCCUUGCCCUGGUCAAAGUGUCCGGCGAGGUUGUGGUCAGCACGUUGCUUCGCCUCGGCAACGGACAGCUUCCUAUGCUGUUGCUUCUGCCCGAAGCCGCGACACAGCUCUGCAAAGUCAUCUUCGCGGAGACAACCGGCAACUUGCCUGCGUUGGUCCAAUCACCACUACCUUCCAAGCCACAGAAUCCGGCGACUCUGCAGCAAGCGCAGAAGCAGGCCGCGCAGACUGCUUCCACCAUCCUCUUGACACUCGCCAAAUUGUUCCAGGACGCCACCGCCAGCCCGAUGGCCGGCCCACACGGGCCGUUGACGCUAGGAGGCAUCCCGCCAUCCACUUCGUUGCUGCUGCCGCUCUACUAUCUCUCGAUAUCGAUGCAUGCGUCCGCUUCGACUUGCAACAAUCUCGGUAUUCUGCUGUCGUCGAUUCCAGUCGUCACCACUGUGAUCAACGCAGCAGGUCAGCCUCAGCAGCUCAACGGGCAAGCACUGGCGAUGCAGUACUACACGCAAGGUCUUCAGCUCGACCCCAAGCAUCCUCACAUCUACACCAAUCUCGGUUCUCUCCUGAAAGAUCUUGGACACCUAAACGAAGCGAUCAAGAUGUACCAGAAGGCGGUCGAGUGCAACCCCAACUUUGACGUCGCCCUCGCCAACCUCGGUAACGCGAUCAAAGAUCAGGGGCGCACCCAGGACUCCGUCGUCUACUACCGUCGAGCGGUCCAGGUCAAUCCUCACUUUCCCGAAGCGCUCUGCGGCCUUGUCAAUGCGCUGCUCGCGGUGUGCGAUUGGCCAGAGGUGUACACCGACAAGCGAGCCGUCGCGAAGCAGCAGCAGCAAUGCAGUAGCGGUAGUCAAGCGGUUGGAGUUGCGACCUCGCCUGGUGGCUGGAUGGUCAACGUCUCGGACUUGGUGUCCAAGCAGCUCAGUGAUGGCUGUCAGUACGGUGCCGGUGCAUUCCAGACUGUGGGCCCACUCGAAAACUGGGUCCAGGCAAUCGUCCAGUCCAUGGGGGACACUCGUGCGGCAGCAGCACAGAUCUGGACUCAGCGUCUGCAGUCAUUCUACCAACCCGCCUUCGACCGAGUCGCAAAUCAGGUCUGCGAAGGUGGCUAUCUGAUUCACCUGGUCGAGAGGAUGAUGCGCCGAUCACAGCGGAGGUGGUACGUCGAUACCUACGGUGCUGGAGCGCUGCAGGCGGCAACAGAGCUGCCCAGAGUUUCGGUCACCGAUGCACGCGGCGUUAGCUAUGCCCGACCAAAGCUCCCAUCCUGCUUGGUCACGCCAGCGACACCCACCGUGCUGCCUUUCCACACAUUCACAUAUCCGCUCUCACCGCGACAAAUCCGUCUCAUCUGCCAUCGCAAUGCGUUGAGGAUCUCCCAGAGCACCCUGACGCAGAUGUGGGUGCCCGAUGUGGUGUACCCGCCUCCGUCACCGCCGGCGCCCAAGAUCAACAUCGGCUACGUGUCGUCUGACUUUAACAACCAUCCGCUCGCGCACCUGAUGCAAUCGGUCUUUGGCUUCCACGAUCUGUCGCGCUUCAACAUCUUUCUUUACGCGACGACGCCAUCAGAUGGAAGCCCGUACCGCCUAAAGAUCGAACGCGAAGCCCAGCAUUUCGCAGAUGUGUCGACAUGGUCGAACCAGCAGGUGGUCGAGCGUAUCGUCAUGGACAACAUCCAUGUGCUAAUGAACCUCAACGGGUACACGAAGGGAGCACGUAACGAGAUCUUUGCCGCACGGCCGUGCCCAGUGCAGAUGGAGUUCAUGGGCUUUGCCGGCAGCAUGGCGUCGUACUGGACCGAUUGGGUGGUCGCGGACCCCAUCGUCUGUCCUUCCGAAAUGACGUGCGUCGACAGAUGGCGCCAGCAAAAGCAUUCCGCAGCAAUCACAGGUUCGUCGCUCCAGCAGCGUCCGACCGACUUGAUGGCAGACGUGGAUCCCGAAGAGGCUUCCGAUGACUGGGUCUAUCCCGACCGGUUCAUCUACAUGCCGCACUCGUACUUUGUCAACGAUCACAAGCAGGGAUUCCGCGAGACCGUUUCCAACGAGACCAUCGAGCUCGCCACCAAAGGCACCGAGGGCGAACCACUCGCAAAGAAGGCCGACAGCUCUCCCACAGACGAGCAGCGGUGGGCGAGCGAAGAGCUCAAACGCUACGCGAUGCGACGCGAGCUCUUCCCCACCCUCCCAGACGACUAUGUGGUCUUUGCAGACUUCAACCAGCUGUACAAGUGCGAUCCGAUGCUGUUCCGGUUGUGGCUGCGCAUCCUCCAGCGCGUGCCCAAGUCGAUCCUGUGGCUGCUACGCUUUCCGGCAGCCGGAGAGCACCAUCUGCUGCGCGAGGCACGACAGUAUGCAGGCGACGAAGUGGCUUCCCGCGUUAUUUUCACCGAUGUUGCGCCCAAGCACAUCCACAUCCAUCGCGGUAGAAUCGCCGACCUGUUCCUCGACACCACCGAGUGCAACGCGCAUACCACCGCAGCCGAUAUCCUGUGGUCAGGCACGCCGGUGCUGACUUGGCCGAGACACAUGCACAAGAUGUGUUCGCGCGUCGCAGCGUCCAUCGUCCACGCCACCGGGUUUGGCGACGAAAUGACGGUGAACAGCGAGCAGGAGUACGAGGAUCGGGCGGUGCAAUUCGCCGAGUCUCUGUCGUACACUUAUUUGGACGAGAAGGGGAAUGAGGUGGUGGGUGUGGUGGACGAGACCAAGGUGCGGUUCGCCAACGAGCUCGAAGCGGAUCCUCGUAGUGUUGCUGCUCAGCCGCAUAGUACGGGUGCUGCGACGUCUGCGGCCGCUGCAGGAGGCACGGGCUCGAGCAGUUCUCAAGGACAUCAGAACGGCGCGUCUCACAGUCGUGGUGACAGCAGCACCUCGAACUCCCCACGCAAGACCACCUCAAGCGGCACCGGCCCCAGCGCAACGCCCAAGUCCUCACCCGGCAAGCACGCCGACGAGGCCUCCGAGACGUCAGCAGCCAAACGUGCGCGCUCCGCCUCAGUCCUACCGGGCUCCCCCGCCCCGGCCCCAACCGGCGUCUCGCAAGCCGCCGCCGCCAAACAUUCAGACGCGACCGUUUCGACCAACGCCACCCUUGCCUCCGCCCUUCCUCCCCGCCACACCAUCCGUCUGCCCCCCUCUCCGACCUACCCAGGCGCCAUCACGCGUCGGUCCACCGUUGAGGAUGCGAAAAGCCUGGCGAGCCUGCGCAAACGCCUCUUCCUCUCGCGCGAACAGUCGGCGCUCUUCGAUACCAGAGCGUGGGUGCGGGAUUUGGAGAAGGGGUAUGUCGAGGCGUGGACGCGGUGGGUGUUGGGCGUGGAUUGCGAGGACAGUGCUGAGUGCGAAGGUCUCAACAGAGACACCGAGAUCGGGAGAAGGGUCGAGAGGAGCGGACACAUCUGGGUGCGCGAUCUGUGA